UGACAAUAGUGAGUUUAAUGCAGCUAACGUUAACGCAGGUUUAUUCAGUGUACCAGACAUGUAAGCUACGAUGUUUGUGUAGAUAAUUGAGUAGAUUUGGAAUAGUGCUGUCAUAAAACUAAAGGCAGAGGUUGAUUACUACGUCGAGGGGAAAAUGAGCUCUCAAGGAACAGCGAAAGUUCAGCUGAAAAGCACGACCAAAGUGUCUUUAAAUGAUCGCUUCACUAGCAUGCUGAAGAACAAGCAGCCUCCUUCAGUAAAUGUGAGGGCCACCAUCCAACAGCAGCAUUCGGCCACUGCUCGGAACCGAAGGCUCGCCCAGCAAAUGGAGAACCGCACCUCCGUUCAGGCUGCCCUGCAGACCAAACCAGCGAGGAGUCUAAAACAACGGCUAGGUGUCCAGGCACGGCUGGGUGUCCAGGCCCGAGGAGGUUUUGCAACCAGAGGUUUUGCGACGAGGGGUUUCGCUGCCAGGGGUUUCGCGACCAGAGGUUUUGCGACCAGAGGAUUCGCAGCCGCCCGAGGAGGAAUGAUGACCAGGGGCUUCGCAGCGACAGGCUUCCGAGGGAUGAUGCGAGGUGGUGUCCGUGGACGUGGCAGAGGGGUUUUCCUUAGGGGAGCCAUGUCCUUAAGAGGUGUGACCCGUGGCCGUGGAGGCCCUACUCGGCUGGCAGGGAGACGGGGCAUGAGGCAGCGUGGAGGCCAGGUGAACCGAGCAGGUGUACUGGUCAGCAGAGGAGCUGCUGGGAUGGGAGGAAGAGGUAGAGGAAGAGGUCGUGGUGUGGGUCUUCGUGGGCGUGGUGCGUUUGCUGGUCGGGGUGGAGGACGCGGUCGUAGCCGGGGUGGUGGCCGAGGUGCUGGCCGCGGUGGUGGCCAGGGUGCUGGCCGUGGUGCUGGCGGGGGCGCCCUCACCCGGGAGCAGCUGGACAACCAGCUGGACGACUACAUGUCCAAGACCAAAGGCCACCUGGACGCCGAGCUGGACGCCUACAUGGCCCAGGCCGAGGACAUGGAGUGAAUGUGUGUGACGGACUGACCUGCUAGAGGGAUUCCAGAGAUGGGUUAUUUUCUCUGUUGGAUUAUGCAAAACUCUCCUUACCACCCCCUACCAUCCUGCUUGACAGACUCUGAAUUGAGUUUUCAUUGAUAUUUCACUGCACAGCUGGAAUGGUAGCCCAUGUUCUCACUUCCUGUCUUCAGCGAGCACAAGACCAAGUAAUGACGGGUCAAAAUGCUAUGCUUGUGUUCUCUACAAAUGUACUGCCCUUAGCCAUUUUUUUUUUUGUGCAAGUCAUUAAGAGGCCAAUCAACUGAGUGUUUGACAAGUGAACAAGGGAUUUUUUUUUCUUCAGAUUUAAAGACAUCAGUCAGUGGAAGUUCAGUGUGUCUGCGCACUUUCCAUCAGGUUUGGUACUCCAGUGUUAACCUUCUUUUUUUUUUUUUUUUUUAAACCACAGUAUUUGCAAUCCAAAUGUUUUAGAUUUAUUUGUUUUUGCUUUUCGAUCUUGUUAUGGGAAAGUUUCAGACUUGACCACCAAAAGUCUUGAGUCUACCUCCAACAUCUUAUGUACUUUCAGAAUGUCUGUUGGUGUAAUAUUGUUUCAAGGCUUGGGGGGGGGCCUCCUUUGACACUAAAGGACAUCAGUCUAGCCCUUUGUUCUUGACCAGUGACUGGGUGCAACAAUGGGGUUCCAGUUGAUAAUGGAACAACAUUGGUGCUUCUAGAGUAUUAACAUUUCCAGUGCCUGUUGCUUUAGUUACUGGUCAAAUUUUCAAAAUUAUUUAUGUUGGCUGACAUCCAGGCUUGUCAGGCAAACAAAAUGAAGAUUACCUUGGGUUGGUUGUUUGAGGAGCUCUAGUGUUUCAAGAUGACGGUCAAUGUGUUCUGUCGGCGAUAUCUGAUGACCUCUUCUGCACUGGUUUUGUUUUUAUCCUUAUUUUAUUUUGUAUUAAACUGUAAGUCUUUUUUAAGAAUUUAA